AUGGCAGACUUUCCCUCGUUCGACGCCGCAAACAAGAGCAACCCAGGCCACUACGGCCCCUGCCAAACCGCUCUGCUUCUCCUCGACUUCCACACCCUGUUCGUGGAGAGAAAUGGCGGCCCCCGAGCCCGCGCAGCCCUAGAAGUCGCCGCCAAGCUACGAACCUGGGCCAAGUCCCAAGACAUCCAGGUGAUCCACGGGCUAAUUGACCUGGGCGGCGGCGAGGAGUCUGCUGUGCUACGAGAAAAUCAAGAUGACAACGAGGUCACCUUCACCCGGACCCCGGGGCAUGUUUCUGCACUUCGAUCGCCUGGCCUGGAAAGGUUUUUGCACGAGAAGGGUAUCAAAUCGCUGAUCUUGACUGGACUGAGCACGUCUGGGUGUGUGCUGCGAACGGCGCUGGCGGCCUGCGAUGCUGAAUAUGUUGUGUCUGUCAUCUCGGAUGGGUGUGCCGACCCGCAAGAAGAUGUGCAUGAUAUCCUCAUCAACAAGGUGUUGUCCAACCGGGGAUAUGUAACUACUGCCGCCCAGUUUCAGGAAGGAUUCUCGAAUGCUGCCAGUUCCAACUGA